CUUUCGCCCUGCGCUUGCGCUUGCUCGCUUUGGAUCCAUCUGCUCGGAGACUUGCUCUCGUCGGCUCUCCUCUCCCUCGUCACCCUCCCAUCUCCCCAUAAUCUAUCCAAGAAAAGCAGCCAUGAUUGCCAAGCUCGUCCGAGCAUCGCUCAACUCGACCCACACCCUGGGCGUCCGCAGCAACCAGACCUGGGCCUCCUCCUCCUCAUUGUUCAAGACUCUGUUCUCGACCUCGCCCAAGGUCCAGAGCUCCGAGGCUGCUGCCACCCCCGCCGACAAUGACGAGUUCGAGUUUGAGCUCAACAACCUGAGCUUCUCCACCCACAACUGCGACUCGCCCAACUUUUCUGUCAAGGCCACUCGCAAAGAGCUGGUCGACAUCUUCAGAAACAUGGUUGCCAUCCGUCGUCUCGAGACUGCCUCUGACCAGCUCUACAAAGCCAAGCUGAUUCGCGGCUUCUGCCACUUGUCGAUCGGCCAGGAGGCCGUCGCCGCCGGCAUGCACGCCGCCACCUCCAAGGACGACGCCAUCAUCACAUCCUACCGCUGCCACGGAUUCACUCUCCUCCGCGGUGCCUCGGCCACCAGCAUCAUCGCUGAGCUGAUGGGCCGCGUCGCUGGCUGCUCCCAGGGCAAGGGUGGAUCGAUGCACAUGUUUGCCCACGAGUUCUACGGCGGCAACGGCAUCGUCGGUGCCCAGGUUCCUCUCGGUGCCGGUAUUGCCCUGGCCCAGAGGUACCUCAACAAGAACACCAUGACCUUCUCGCUCUACGGUGACGGCGCCGCCAACCAGGGCCAGGUCUUUGAGUCUUACAACAUGGCCAAGCUGUGGUCGCUUCCGGUCGUCUUUGUCUGCGAGAACAACAAGUACGGCAUGGGCACCUCGGCCCACCGAUCCUCGGCCUCGACCAAGUACUACACCCGCGGUGACUUUAUUCCCGGUCUGCGAGUCAACGCUAUGGAUGUCCUUGCCGUCAAGGAGGCCUGCCGAUAUGCCCGCGAGUGGACCCUCAACGGCAACGGCCCGCUCGUCAUGGAGAUGGUUACCUACCGCUACGGCGGCCACUCCAUGUCCGACCCCGGCACCACCUACCGCACCCGUGAGGAGAUCCAGAACAUGCGCUCCACCAACGACCCCAUCACCGGCCACCGCACCCGUCUCAUCGAGCGCGGCAUCGCUUCCGAGGAGGACCUGAAGCAGAUUGAGAAGGAGAUCCGUGCCGAGAUCGACAAGGCCGUCGAGGAGUCCAAGGCCUCGCCCGAGCCCAACGCCGAGGAGCUCUGGACCGACAUCUAUGCCCCCGGUUACGAGGUUCCCACCGUCCGUGGAUGCACGCCCUUUGAAGUCAAGCAAUUUUAAGUGCGACCCCCAUUUCAUUUGAUACAUCCUCUUCACGAAACCCCCCCCCAAUACAGAGAGGCGGACGACUCUUCUGAAUCCAACGUGCACAGCGUGCGGUGUCUGGUGUCCGGUGUGAGCAGUGCGAGGUGAUGUGUGGGCAGUGAGGUGGCGUAAGGUGCGCUGGGCACCAGCAUGUCCAAUGGGCGGGUGGUGGACAUAACAUGAGAUCUCAUUUCUCCCACAC